AUGAGGAGGAUGAAGCCAGGAGAGGAGGCAGGGCUGUGCAGGACUGCUCACACCCUGGCUGUCCCACAGCAGUGGCAGCUGGAAGCCAGCCCGGUGCGGAAGACCAUCUCCCAGCUCCAGAUGAGCAGGGACAGAGUGCGGCGGUGGCAGGACGAGCCCGAAGAUGAGGUGAGGGGCGCGGCAAGACCUGGGGGGUCAGGGAGGGGGCACAGGGAUGCUGACGCCGUGUCCCCCCCGCUGCAGGAGGGCUUUGUCCCCAAGAAGCUGCAGAAGCUGGGCCAGAAGCUGCAGAAGCUGCCCGCCGGCCACGGGACUGCCAGGAGGGACCUGUUUGCCAAGCGCCCAGGCGGCACACCAGAGCUGUCUCCCCAGGUGCUGCCGUGGCACCGUGAUUCCACCGUGCCCCAGGGAAUGGAGAAGCCGGUGACCACGCCAGUGAUAAAGAAGGAGGAGGCAAUGCUGCAUCCGGGGAAGCCGGACCAGCGCCGGCAGCUCUUCCGUGCGCCCUCGGUGCCCGGCAGUGUCCCCGGGCCAGUCCCGAAGCGGAGAUGGCCCUCGGACAGGGACAGCCCUUCCGAGGCCAAGCGGCAGAGGAGUGUGGCCGGCAGCCCUCAGCAGGAGGCAUCCCUGGAGCCGGGAGUGUGGCUGGAGCCUUGUGGGUCUGCCCAGCUCCAGGAGAUCGAGAACCUGAUGGCCAACGAUGACCAGGAGCUCAUUGGGGACUUCUCCAAGCCUUACCUCCUGCCGACGGUGGAGGGGAAGGAUCCGAGCCUGAAGUACAUCUCUCCUGACACGCUGGAGAAGGUGCUGACGGGGCGCUACAGCAGCUUCGUCGAGCGCAGCGUGGUCGUGGACUGCCGCUACCCUUACGAGUACCAGGGGGGCCACAUCAAGGGCGCUGUCAACCUGCCGCUGCAGCGGGACGUGGAGAAAUCCCUGCUGGAGCAGCCCAUCGUGGCCCAGGACGCCGGCAAGAGGGUGAUCGUCAUCUUCCACUGCGAGUUCUCUGUUGAGCGGGGGCCCAAAAUGUGCAAAUUCCUGCGGGAGAGGGAUCGCUCCUGCCACAGGUACCCGCAGCUGCACUACCCCGAGCUCUACGUCUUGAACGGCGGGUACCGCGAGUUCUUCUUCCAGUUCCCGGACCACUGCGAGCCCCGGGACUAUCGGCCCAUGCAGGACCCGGCUUUCAGGGAGGAGCUGCACAGGUUCCGCAGGCAGAGACAGCGCGGCCGCCGGGCGCUUUUCAAGCGCGGGCGGGACCCGUGA